AUGGCUGAUAUGAUAAAACUUUUGUUGCUUCUCAUGGUCAUGUUUUUUGAAGAUGUGAAAGGACGGCCGCCACCGAAGGUGAUCAGUAACGGUAAGAAAAAGCCCUGGUAGAAAAAAGCAAAUAAACGCUGUAUAUUUGGUCUAUCUGACUACAGUCCCUCGAUACCAGAAAAAUUUAAAGGCAUGAACGAACUAGUCAGAUGAACGAGUAAGGCAGCCUUUCAGUGAUGUUCUUUGUUUAGUUCAUCUCUCUUAAACUUAAAAUCUAAGGGAAAAUGAGCAAUUUAACGUUCUUGUAUCAGAUGUUGGUAAACUAAAUUAGUAAAUUGAGCACUUGGCUGUUAUCUCCGUUUGUCAAUCACGUAUUAUGAUUGCUGCAAUAUCUGGCGAUUGAUAUGAAGGGCUUAUAAUCGCAAUACUGCCUUUAAAAAAAAUACAGCGAGGUAGGACGUCAGUCACCAAGGCGUGAAUUCAGUCUAAAUUUAUGUUUCGUUUGGUGUUGUCACCUGUUAAUGUUUUAGUUAAAGUUAAACAAGUUUGAUCGUGGUAGCGGUGAUGAAUUUCUGUGCGUUUCAAAAUAAUAAAGCAAGCCAGCUUUUUCCUGUAACGAGAAAAUAUUCACAGUAAAGUGACUUUUCAUUAAUAUUAUUUUCAUAUUUUUUGGACUCACAAACGACAAUUGGUAUGAACUAGGGAACGUGGAAGGAGGCUCUUGAUUAUUACUGAAUCCCCGUUGGUGCAUUUUUAUUCAGCCAAAACUUAUCUUAUUAAGCUCUUUAAGUAUUGUUUAAGAGAAAUGCCCACGAUAUUACUUAUGAAAAAGGACCUCAUGCAUAUCCGACCCCAGGUUUCCUCCACUCAAGAAAAGAACUUUUCAGGAUUAAUAUAUCGACUCGUCUUUGAUAAGAAGAACACUGAGUGUGAAAACCAUAAAAAUGGGAAAGUUUGUUCGAAAGGCUAAAUUAAUAAAGUAAAUUAUAAGAGUUGUUAAAUUACAGCCAAUUCAACAAGACUCUCUAAUUGCCUCUUUACUUCAAUCAGUCACUAAACGAACCUGACAUUGAGCUUACCAGUUCAGUUUAAUGACCAAGAUUUUUUGACGCUCUUUUAUCAUAGAAAUAAAACAUCGCACCACUUUAAGCUUCGUCACCGUUCCGGUGUUAAAAGAUGCGCAUGGCGUCCCGCACGAGACCACUGCACAAGAGGAUCAGAAGUCUUACCUCACCGGCCCUGCUUACAGAAUCUUGAACAAGGACAAUACCUUCGACACAAAAGAUCCUCUCAUCUUCUUCCCAUUAGUUUCCGUUGAGCAUCCCAGAGGAUAG